AUGGCUGAAUACGACUUGACUAAAAAGAUGGCACCGUUUUUCGACCUUCAUUUAGUUAUACCACUGUUGGAAUUUAUUGAACCAAGGAAUAUUUAUGAUCACGAUUCACUGAUUAAAGUACAUCGUCGAGUUUUGCUGAAAACGAAUAUGAUUGAUAGCGUAAUUGAAACAUACUCAGAAGGUGAAAUACCAAAGGAGUUAGAGCAGCGAAAAGUUGAAAUCCUCAGUCAGCGUGAAAAACUAAAAGUUAAAGUAGAUCCAGUUGUGGAAAUUCUGGAAUCAGAACCAGUGAAAGCAAUGAUGGACAGCCAUGAAUUGACGAAUAAUCGAAUUCUUGAAUAUGUUACUGCAAAUCAUGGGCUUACUGAGGAGAUGCUUGACUCGUUGUUUCGCUAUGCCAAGUUCCAGUACGAAUGCGGCAAUUAUUCAGCUGCAUCUUUAUGUCUUGAUUACUACCGUAAUAUUAUACCGCAGCAAAAUCCAAACUAUCUCAGUGCAUUAUAUGGCAAAUUGGCUUCUGAAAUAUUGCUGCAAGAAUGGACGCACGCAAAAGAUGAUUUGACCAAACUGCGAACAUAUAUUGAUUUUAAUCCUUUUGAUACCGAAUUAGAAUCAGUGCAGCAGCGUGCAUGGUUAAUGCAUUGGGCUUUGUUCGUUUAUUUCAAUUAUCCGAAGGGACGUGAUGAAAUUGUUGAGAUGUAUCUUAACCAACAGCCGUAUUUGAACACAAUACAGAUAGCUUGUCCGCAUCUUUUGCGAUAUUUGGCCGUAGCAGUUGUGACGAGCAAAACGAAACAGAAAAACAGUUUGAAAGAUUUGAUCAAAGUAAUUGAUAUUGAACGACAUAAUUAUGAGGAUCCAGUUACAGAUUUCUUAACUUGCCUUUAUAUUAAGUAUGAUUUCGACGAAGCGCAGAAAAAGCUGAGAAAAUGCGAAGAUGUUUUAUCAAAUGAUUUUUUCCUGACUGCUUGCUUAGAAGAUUUCCGAGAAAGUGCCAGAUUGUUGAUUUUUGAAAUGUUCUGCAGAAUUCAUCAAUGUAUUUCGAUACAAAUGCUUGCCGAGCGUCUUAACAUGCAACAAGUAGAAGCAGAAAGAUGGAUUGUUGAUUUAAUUAGAACAUACCGUAUUGAUGGUGCUAAAAUUGACUCCAAACUUGGACAGGUUGUUAUGGGUGCUAAAACUACCUCUGUUCAUGAGCAAGUGAUGGAAAAUACGAAGCGGUUGACUUUUCGCGCGCAACAAAUCGCUCUACAACUAGAAAAAAUGAAAUUCGACAAGAAGGGCACUUGGAAGGCUGAAUUAUCAUGA